AGUUGUGUGUGUUGUUGUUGUUGGCACUGUGCCACUUUCUCUCUCGAUGAACCCUCUCAAGCAAGCUUCUUCGAUCUUCCGAGCUUAGUUUCGUUUCUAAAUGUAAGUUUUCAAGUUUUUGUUUCAGUAAGAAGAUUGAUAGACCUAAUUAUUUGUUCCCCUUCUAUAUAGUAGAGAUUUCACCUAGAUUGGUCCGUACAUAUCUUAUACUGGGAUUCGAAUUUGGCUGCCUCAGAGUCAGAGAUUGAUUAAUUGAUCAGGUCACCGGAAACUUUUUGUCUCGAUUUGGAUCUCUUAUGCAAAAUCUGUUGUGUCCUAAUUCUAUUUGAUUGUAAAUCAAUUUGAUUCUGGGUUUAUUACAGAUUCAGCUGUUGAAAUCGUGCUUAUUGCUACAAAUUGAGAGGCACUAAAUCAGUGAGGUCGUAAAGAAGAAGGCAACCACAAUGAUGCAGACUUGUUGUAUCCAUCAAUCGUUUUGUUUCCCUCAUAGAGUCUUUCCACGGUUUGAUGCUUCGAUUGGUAUUAAGCCCCCAAAGCUUUGUCAAGUUGGUUUCAUUGGAAAGACUCAAUCUUAUGGGAUUUCAAGUCCGAUACGGCAAAGAAGAUUAUAUGUGAAUUUGAAUGCUAAUGAUGGUCACCCAUCCAUGUCUAUGUUGGAAGAAGAAACCUCUACUGAAAACAACGCACCCAGUCAAGAAGCCGAGCUUCCGUUCAGCAAAUGGUCACCUUCUAAGUACAUAUGGAGAGGUUUAUCAGUUCCUAUUAUAGCAGGACAAGUCGUUCUCCGGAUUUUAAAGGGUAAGAUUCACUGGAGAAACACUCUUCAACAGCUGGAGAGAACCGGACCGAAAUCUCUAGGAGUUUGUCUUCUGACUUCUACAUUUGUUGGUAUGGCUUUCACAAUCCAGUUCGUUAGAGAAUUCACUAGACUAGGUCUAAACAGAUCCAUUGGAGGUGUCUUGGCUUUAGCCUUCUCUAGAGAGCUAAGUCCAGUCAUCACAUCGAUUGUUGUUGCUGGACGAAUGGGAAGUGCAUUUGCAGCUGAACUAGGGACAAUGCAAGUCUCAGAGCAAACUGAUACACUCCGUGUUUUAGGAGCUGACCCAAUUGAUUAUCUAAUCACUCCAAGAGUCAUCGCCUCGUGUUUGGCUCUACCGUUUCUGACACUCAUGUGUUUCACUGUUGGUAUGGCUUCAAGCGCUCUGCUCUCUGAUGCAGUUUACGGGAUCAGCAUUAACAUAAUCAUGGACUCGGCUCACCGAGCACUUAGACCAUGGGACAUUGUGAGUGCCAUGAUUAAAUCUCAAGUCUUUGGAGCUAUAAUAUCGGUAAUUAGUUGUUCUUGGGGAGUAACCACUACUGGAGGUGCUAAAGGUGUUGGAGAAUCUACAACUUCUGCUGUCGUCAUGUCUCUUGUCGGAAUCUUCAUCGCGGACUUUGUGCUUUCUUCCUUCUUCUUUCAAGGUGCUGGAGAUUCUUUGAAGAACUGUGUUUGACAUAUUAUUUUCUGUCUUCUUUUGUUGUGGUUUAGAUGGGUUUAUGUAAAUCAGUUGUCUUAAAUUGAGAAAGUAACAUCAUUUUAGAAAGAACAGAAAGAUUGCUAUAUUUCUAUUCCAAUAAUGAUACACAUUGAAUAAUCUUGAACUAUA